CCCCAUAAAUAAAUAUCAGAAGACUCUCCCACUGACACAAGACGACAGCUCCACAAAUCUCCCAAAUGAACAACCAUUUCCUCCUCCUCCUCCUCUGCUCCGCUCUGCUCUUUCCUCCGCUCAUCCACGGCCGUCCCACCGCCGCCGUCCGAUCACACGACGGAUCUGAAGAAUGGGGAUACGUCCAAGUCCGACCCAAAGCUCACAUGUUCUGGUGGCUCUAUAGAAGCCCCUACAGAGUCGACCAUCCCUCCAAGCCAUGGCCCAUCAUCCUCUGGCUCCAGGGUGGCCCCGGAGCUUCUGGAGUUGGGAUUGGGAAUUUCAAGGAAGUGGGCCCAUUAGAUGCUGCUUUGAACCCGAGAAAUUCUAGUUGGAUUCAUAAAGCCGAUCUUUUAUUUGUGGAUAAUCCGGUGGGGACCGGGUAUAGCUUCGUGGAGGAGAUGAGUUCGUUAGUGAAAUCAGAUAUACAAGCCGCUGUGGAUUUAACGACGCUGUUGCAGUCCAUUUUCAAUAGAGAUCAACGGCUGCAGAAGAGUCCGCUUUACAUUGUCGCCGAAUCCUACGGUGGGAAAUAUGCCGUCACGCUAGGAUUGUCGGCUUUGAAAGCGAUUGAAGCUGGGAGCUUGAAGGUUACACUUGGAGGGGUGGUGUUGGGCGAUAGUUGGAUUUCCCCGGAAGAUUACACGUUUUCAUGGGGACCUCUUCUAAAAGACAUGUCGAGGCUGGACGACAAAGGCCUGCUCAAAUCCAACACUAUUGCUAAGAGAAUUCAACGCCAGAUUCAAAGCGCUCAAUUCGUCGCUGCCACGUCAUCCUGGAGUGAGCUGGAAGAUGUGAUUAGUAGCAGUAGUAAUGACGUGGAUUUCUAUAAUUUUCUAUUGGAUGCCGGAGAGGAUUCCGUGGCGGCGGUAACAGGAAUGGACAUGUCAAACGGCGUCGCUUCAUUGCGGAGAUAUUCAAGAUAUCUCAGCUCCGUCUCCUCGACGGCCGGAGGAGAUAACGUCGAUUUGUCGGAUUUCAUGAAUCGUAUUAUAAGGAAGAAGCUCAAAAUAAUUCCAGACAACGUCACAUGGGGUGGACAGUCGGAAUACGUUUUUCGAAGUCUUCAAGAAGACUUUAUGAAGCCAAGGAUUAACGAGGUAUUAUUAAUUUAUAUAUAAUUUCAAAAUUUU